AUGGGGCCCACGCGCUGUAAUUCGAUGUACGUUCUUAAUCACAUGGAGGCCACAGUCGACUUCCUCAUGGACUUCUCAUAUUAUAAAACGCAAUCACAGCGCGAACGCCAUCGUUUGGCCCUCUGUAACGCCAUGUCAGCAGCACUCUCCGUAAACGACAUCCUUGCCUAUCUUCGCCACGGACGGUACGAUGACUCGAUCAGUGUACGGAAGAACAUGGGCCGCGCAGAUACAAUUGGUAUGCUCGCGGCUGUCGCUGCUGUCAACAGCGAACCUGCCUUGCGCUUUCUAGUUGACAAGGUACGUGAUAUAGGCCAACGUAGCGAGCUAUAUGGCACUCCACUUACUGCCGCUGCGGUGAACGGGCAUAAGUACGCUUCGUCAAUUAUUUAUGAGCGGUUUGAAGACAGUCGUCACCAAUGGGACCAGUUAUACGAGACUAUCGAUAUAUGCAUGUACAAGCAACAUGCCACUAUGCUUCCAACGUUCAUUGGCUGGUACCUCAAGAGUUGCGACUCUGGGAGAGCAAUCUACGAUGCGAAAUACGAAUGGUGCAAGUGGGCAAUCGUAAGAGGUGAAUUGGACGUAGUGCGCCGUUGCUACAAUUUCAAGCGUGCGAUCAAGUCAGAUCGUCAAUUGAGGUUGACGCCUUUCUAUCUAGCAUGCGAGCAUGGUCAUGUGCACAUUAUACAGUACUUCCUCGAGACUGACGCCACUCUUGGAGACGCUACGUAUACUUACGAGGCGGGUCGCAUCGGGGCCCAAGGGCUAUCACAAGGUCUUGUAUUAGCAGUACAGAAUGGCUGGCUCGGGGCUGCUAGGUUUCUGAUUGAGAGUGGUGCACAAAUCAAGAAGAGUGAAUAUGACGACACAGUCUGUGCGCCAGCGUUAUGGCAUGCCGUCAAACGAGGACAUGUUGACAUGGUGAUGCUUUUGCUAGCUUAUGGUGUUGUCAUACCAGCAAAGAACUCUAAGAAGCAUGUUGGCUUCUGGACUCUGACCAUGAAGCGAGGAACGAAGAUGGCAAGCUUGAUGGAGGAGGCUUGGAUGAUACGGACCAGGAAGGCCCCAGUAUCUAAGCUUAAUGGUAUAGUUUAA